AUGACCAACAACCUCCUGAACCUGUUCUGUCUUGUCGAUGGAGAGGGCACAUCCAACGAGUUUUCUGUCACGAUUCCCUCAACCGACACUGUCGAUGACCUCAAGAACCUCAUCAAGGACAAGAAGAUUCCUCGCUUUGACGAUGACAAGAAGAAACUCGGCUCGGCCCAGCGACUCGUCUCUCGAAAGUGUUUUCCAAGGAUAUUCCAGACGAGACGGUUCACAUCAUCGUCCAGCGACCCCCGCCAGGCCAAGGCUGUCUUCCAGUUACUACUGGAGCUAUCAGGGGAUUGCCACGAGCAUGGCGUCGCGGAAUCGGAAAGCACCAGAAACCCGACCCAGUCUGCUGUUCAUGGACCUCCCCGACCCAUCCACACCUGA